UUGUUCUCAAAAUCGGAAUCGAUGGCGGAGAAGGAAGAAAAUGAACCGUCGAAGUUAAAAUCAUCAACCGGAGUUACACGGCCAACGAUUUCGCUUCCUCCUCGACCGUUUGGUGAAAUGUUUUUUAGCGGUGGUGUAGGAUUUAGUCCUGGUCCUAUGACUCUUGUCUCAAAUUUGUUCUCUGAUCCUGAUGAAUUCAAGUCUUUCUCUCAACUUCUUGCCGGAGCUAUGGCUUCUCCGGCUGCAGCUGCUGUUGCCGCCGCUGCUGUUGUUGCUACUGCUGCUCAUCAUCAGACACCUGUGAGCUCUGUCGGUGAUGGCGGUGGAAGCGGUGGUGAUGUUGACCCGAGGUUUAAGCAGAGUAGACCAACGGGAUUGACGAUUACUCAGCCACCGGGGAUGUUUACUGUACCGCCGGGAUUAAGUCCGGCGACGCUUUUGGAUUCUCCGAGCUUCUUUGGUCUUUUUUCACCUCUUCAGGGAGCAUUUGGUAUGACACAUCAACAAGCUUUAGCACAAGUCACUGCACAAGCAGUUCAAGGCAAUAAUGUUCAUAUGCAGCAAUCACAAUCUAAAUAUCCUUCCUCUACACAAGAACAACAACAACAAAUUUCAUUGACUGAGAUUCCGCCAUUUUCUUCUGGAUCUCGGUCUCAGAUUCGAGCCUCGGUUCAAGAAACAUCGCAGGGUCAGAGAGAAACUUCGGAGAUAUCUGUCUUUGAGCAUCGAUCACAGCCUCAAAAUGCUGACAAACCAGCUGAUGAUGGAUAUAACUGGCGGAAAUAUGGGCAGAAGCAAGUGAAAGGAAGCGAUUUUCCUCGGAGUUAUUACAAAUGUACGCAUCCAGCGUGUCCUGUCAAGAAGAAAGUGGAGAGGUCACUCGAUGGACAAGUAACGGAAAUCAUCUAUAAGGGUCAGCACAAUCAUGAACUUCCUCAAAAGCGCGGUAACAAUAACGGGAGUUCUAAAAGUUCUGAUAUUGCAACUCAGUUUCAAACAAGUAAUAGCAGUCUCAACAAGAGUAAGAGGGAUCAGGAAACAAGCCAAGUUACGACAACAGAGCAGAUGUCUGAAGCAAGUGAUAGCGAGGAGGUCGGUAAUGCAGAGACUACUGUGGGAGAAAAACACGAAGAUGAGCCUGAUCCCAAGAGAAGAGAUACAGAAGUUCGGGUUUCAGAACCAGUUGCUUCAUCGCAUAGAACUGUGACAGAGCCUAGAAUUAUUGUCCAAACGAAGAGUGAAGUUGACCUCUUAGAUGAUGGAUAUAGGUGGCGCAAGUAUGGUCAGAAAGUAGUCAAAGGAAAUCCUUAUCCAAGGAGCUACUAUAAGUGUACGACACCGGAUUGCGGAGUAAGGAAACAUGUAGAGAGAGCAGCAAAUGACCCGAAAGCUGUUGUAACAACAUAUGAAGGGAAACAUAACCACGACGUUCCAGCUGCUAGAACCAGCAGCCAUCAAUUAAGACCAAACAAUCAACCCAACACCUCAACGGUUAACUUUAAUCAACAACAGCCCGUUGCGCGUUUAAGGCUUAAAGAAGAGCAAAUCAUUUGACAGAGAAGAAGAAUACGCGGCUCUUGAGCUUUUAUGAGUUUGUUGAAUCUUCUUUUUGGUAAUGACCUGUUGUGUUACCUCAAAUUACCUCAGGUCUCUAUGGACAGCACUCUGAUGAUAUUACAGUUUCAAAAGGUAUGUUCUUUUAUUUCAUGUUGGAAUCUUUUGUGUUAUCUUAAGAAGCUUUAGGAGGUAAUGUAAAAACCAGAUUCAAAGUUCUGGUCUUAUGUGAAUUCUUCUGUACAUGGGAAAACAAAAAAAUUACAGGUUA